ACCCGACGACGAUAUAUUGAUGAAGCUUUCUCGUUCGGCAUUGCGUUAGGGUUUUAGUCGCCGCUUACUCUCUCUCUCUUCGCCGCGUUCUCUCUCCUCUUGUCGCCGCGCUCUCACUCACAUUCGCCGACAUGGGGAAGACACGAGGUAUGGGAGCUGCCCGCAAGCUGCGAAACCACCGCAGAAGGCAGAGGUGGGCCGACAAGUCUUACAAGAAGUCUCACCUCGGGAAUGAAUGGAAGAAACCCUUUGCCGGUUCUUCACAUGCCAAAGGCAUCGUCCUCGAGAAGAUUGGUAUCGAGGCUAAGCAACCGAAUUCUGCCAUCCGUAAGUGUGCUAGGGUUCAGCUGAUCAAGAACGGGAAAAAGAUCGCAGCAUUCGUCCCCAACGAUGGUUGUUUGAACUACAUCGAAGAAAACGAUGAGGUCUUGAUCGCAGGUUUUGGUCGGAAGGGUCAUGCCGUCGGAGAUAUUCCUGGAGUCAGGUUCAAGGUGGUGAAGGUCUCUGGUGUUUCCCUCUUGGCCCUCUUCAAGGAAAAGAAAGAGAAGCCUCGUUCUUAAAAAAAAAAGCCUUCAGAAGCUUCCAACCCUGAUUUUUGUUCUUCACUUGCUUUUUUUGUCGUAUUUUUUUUUUAAAUUUUGGCGUCGAGUUUGCAUUUCAAGAAUAUAUAUUCGCACUUUUCUUGACGCCCGUCCGAGAAUUGGGGUGGUUAGACAAUGCAGGACGUGAAUAUCAUGUUGGCAUGAAUUGUACGUUUUUUGGUUCGGUAUUAAAGCGGUUUGGUUUGAGAAUA